AGGAAAGUGAUAAGAGAAGAGAAGACAAUCGCGUAGCCAAUUUGAUCCAGUCCUAACCUCAAUAUUGAACCAGCUUCUGAUUGGUGGUUUUGCCAGUCAGCGUUCAUAAUAUUUUCAAACGGGAUGAAAAACAGUGCUGCUGAAUUUAUUUUGGCUACUUUUCAUACACAUGAACAUUUCAUGCAAAUUGAAUAAAUACCCUGAAUGACGAUAUAACUACGUGUAUUGUUAAGAGAGACACAAACAUAAAAUUCAAUUUUUAAAUGCAGCUAGUAUUGUGAAUUUUUGACAGAGAGUUGAUAUUUGAUGUACAAUUAUUUUCAGCAAUUGUGAAAAACUUGCAAAUGGAAUCUGGCAACGAUGGAUGCUUGUUGUCUUUGGAAUGACGACAGGGCCUGGUAGAUAAAAUUAAGAAGAGCAAGCAGCCUGUUGUCGUCUCUUCUCUUAGCGUAAAAUUAGGACUGGGAUUCGAAGUGAUGACAAAUACCAAACAAGCAACCUAUGCACCAUCAGUUGCAUUUUUCGGAAGAAGGAAAAAAUGAGUGGGUUUUAGCAUGUAAGCGACGGUUCGCGCACGGAAAAGUCAGAAAACGAGAUUGACCAGCUAGGCGGAAUCGAAGAGCGACAGCAGAUGAUCCCGGAAAAUACAUCAACAUUGCAACAUGAAUCAACAGCCUAGUCAGAAUGAUGCAGGAAAGGAACGAAAAGCGGAAUGGCUCUCAGGGUCAUGGCCACUGCAACCAUUCGACGAUUCAUUAACGAAUAAUAAGCGUAAAGCGGAAUGGAUCCGAUUUCGUGAUCAAUGCGAACGCAUCGUUUCUUGCAAGGCGCCUGUGGAUUCCAUCACGAAGCUAACCGGGUUAAAAAAUUUUGCGGGAAACUACUUAUUGACUAUAAUUGAAAUGCAAGAGAAACUUGUUCCGGGGGGUUCGGAAGACAUCUACAAAGCAACUCUCACAGCUCUUAAUAACUAUUUUAAUCAAACUUGCGACACGACGAAAGAGCGAAUGAAAUUCCGCGAACUGCAAAUGAAAAUGACAGAACCGUUUUCUGAUUGGGUGUUACGCUUGGGAACUCAAGCAAAAUUCUGCGAUUUCGGUGAGCUACAGCAACGGGAAGAAGAGUUCAUUCAAGCGUUGUUGAGAAGAUCGAUUCCAAUGAUCUCAGAAAAGUUAUAUGAGAUAUCCAGUAUCUUCAACAAUAACUUGGAGAAAAUCAUUAAUCAUGGAAAUCAUCUUGAUUUUAUCAGAUCGGAAGCUCAGGAAGCAACGUCAACAAAAGUGACAGGUAUGCUAGUGAAACAGCAGUCGAGGUGAAACCGUUGAAUGCUUUGCAUUUUCAUAAGCCAAGAUCCGCCCAAAAUCGUUACGAACCCUAUCGUAAUUUUCGUUCUGAGCGCGAACGAUCUGGUUUGCGACAUCGCACGUGGAAUCCACAAACGCAUAUCGUGCACGGCAGGGAUGCUGUAUUUAAUUGUUCGAAAUGUGGUCGAACUCAUGGACCAAAACAUUGCAGAGCUUUUCGUGUAAAAUGUUUCGGAUGUGGGAAAUUAGGUCAUUACGCCGAGUUUUGCCGAUCUUCAAAUAACAAUGGUACACACCACAGAAUCCAGACUUAUGCCGAUCACCCUGAAAAAGUAAAAAAUGAAGCUGGCAGAAUCAACCAGGUAGAUAGUGAGCAAUCAUAAGAUAUUUAGAUAGGUUCAAGUAGAGAAAAUUAA